AUGAAUAUAACUAUCCAACUAAUAAUCAAAUCCAUCCUCUUCAUAUGCCACAAUUAUUUUCACACAAUCCCAACACAUCACUUUCUAACUACAAUACUUCUAACUCUUCUAAGCCCUACACCUUCUACCUCUAGUCCUUCGUCUUCUACACAUAAUCCUAGCCCUAUACCUUCUACCUACAUUCCUAGUCCUUCGUCUUCUACACAUAAUCCUAGCCCUAUACUUUCUACGUAUAUUCCUAGUCCUUUGCUUUCUACAAACAAUCCUAGCCCUUCGCCUCCUAUUUACAAUACUAACCCUUCCCCCACUCAUAAUGCCUAUGAUCUAAGUAACAAUUAG